AUGGUCGGAAAGGCAAAGUCCUGCACCGGAUGUCGCCAGGCCAAAGGCGCCUGCGAUGCCCCCAAGCGAGCCCCCAAGCCCUGCAGCCGCUGCGUGGAGAAGAAGCUGGAAUGCCGCUUCGACAAGAACUUCAAGCGGAUCUAUACUCGCCAGAUCACACGCGAGAUAACGAACGGGCUACACAACGUGCGGCCCGCAAGCAGUAGCACUACGCCCGAGAAAAUCGGCGCCCCGGGUUUGCUGCUCUCCGAUGACAGCUUCAACGGCCCCGAGUUUGCGGUCGGUAAUUCCUCCGUGUCCUCGGAUACGGUGGUCGAGUUAUUCAGACACUUCGAGCGUCACUAUCGCGUCCACGCGCCAUUCCUACAGCCCAUACAUUCGCUGACACAUCUGUACCUGAACUUUCCGCUGCUCUUCUGGACCAUCUGCCUCGUUGCCUCGCAGCACCACCCCACCCAUGGCAGCCUGUACGAGCAGCUGUACCUCCCGCACCGGGAGCUCCUGGCCACCAUCUCGACCACGGCCAUCAGGACGGCCGAGGAGGUGCACGCCCUCCUGCUCCUCUGCUCGUGGCCGAUACCCCGGAGGCGGGGCUCGCUGGAUCCGGGCUGGGACUAUGUCGGGAUCGCGGUCAAUGCCUGUAUGCGCAUGGGGUUUCAUAAGCCGUUGUCGGAGCCGCCGGGAUCGCUCGACACCGCGAACUCGCUGAGACCGUCUCACCAUGUCGAACUUGAAAUCCAGAACCUCACGUGGCUGGGUUGCUUCAGCAUUGGGACCGAAAUUGCCACGUUCGUAGGCCUGCUGCCCCCGAUCUCAUCGUAUUACCAGCUCAAGUCCGUAAGAAAGGCCACGGCCCAGCUCAACGGUGCCUUGUCGCCAGCCGGCCACGCCAGUUUGUCCGUGUACGAGGCACUGUGCCAGUUCAGCGCCGCGCUGGAGGAUGCCGAAAACCACGCAGAGCACCUAGCGUUGAUACAAACCUUUGACGGCAACCUAGACGGGAUCAAGGCAAUGUACGCCGCAUCGUGGGGGCCCAGUGUCGACUGCCAGCUGCAGUACGCCAAGAUGAACUUGUACACAUUCGCCCUUACCCCCCCGGCGGCCCAGAGUGGCGGCGGCGGCGGCGUGCAUGUUAAUACACCAAGUAGCAUUGCCAAUCGACGAAUCAUGUACGCAAAAGGCAUGGAGGCGGCGUUGGCGCUCAUACAGCGGGUGAAGGAGAUUCGCGCGGCAUCCGAGGCCGGCGACCAGGAGACGGCCAUACCGCUCCUGUUCUACCCGAAAUAUUUCUUCGAGAACCUGUUCUUCGCCGCGGUGUUUCUGUUCCGUGUGCUUGCGAACAAAUCCGUCGCCGGCCCCACGCAUCGGAGCAUGGCGUUGCGGGCCAUGGCGGACGCCCACGACAUCUUCCAGCUGCUUCCCAACAGCCGGGAUUUCGCCAGGGCGGCGAAAUGGGUCAGUGCCAUGAUGGAGAGGGCGCACGCGAUCGAGUCCGCGCCGGGGCCCUCGCCGUUCGCCGAGAUCACCGUGACCAACAGACUCGGGGCCUCGCUGCUGUGGGACACCGUCGCCCAGCUCCGGCCCGAGAUCGUGGACGAGAUAUAUCGGGACGAAGACUACCAGAUGGGCCAGCAGAGCCUUGAGUCCCCCGAGGUGCGGUGCGGCCAGUUGCCGCUGGCCCCCGACAUGAAGAUCGAACGGUUCAGGACGCCGCGCCUCAACGUGCCGUGCCUUGAUGUGUCGCGUCCGGCACCGCUCAUCAUGGUCACGCAGACCCAGGAGGCGGACACGCAGAUGUUUUGGGAUACCUACAUGCAAGACUUUACCUUUGAUUCAGAGAUGAAACCGUUCAUGUAG